CGGGAUGAUUAGAGGUAGCCUCCCAAGGAUUCUCAAGCUUCCCUUCGGCCAUGGCUUCCUCGCAGUCCCAUUGGACGACUCCCAAUUUUUCGAUUUACUGAAAUACAUUGAAGUGAUCCAACCUCAGUCAGUUGUGCUGGGAAAAUUGGCAAAACAAACUGCCUUAUUAUAUACAGAGAAAUCUGCAAGGUGAAUCAAUGGCAUCAAUGGACAAGCAGAAUACCUUGGAUUACAUCAACCAGAUGUUUCCUACAGAAGCAUCUUUAUCUGGAGUUGAGCCACUAAUGCAGACCGUACAAAGUGAAAUUCGUAGGGUGGAUGCUGAAAUAUUAUCUGCUGUUCGUCAGCAGAGUAAUUCUGGGUCGAAAGCCAGGGAGGAUCUCGCUGCUGCUACGCAAGCUGUGCAGGAGCUAAUGUAUAAGAUUCGAGAAAUUAAAAAUAAAGCAGAGCAAAGUGAAACAAUGGUCCAGGAAAUAUGCCGUGAUAUUAAGAAAUUGGAUUUUGCGAAGAAGCAUAUCACCACAACAAUUACUGCACUUCAUCGUCUCACAAUGCUAGUUUCUGCUGUUGAACAACUACAAGUAAUGGUGUCAAAACGUCAAUAUAAAGAGGCAGCUGCACAGCUAGAGGCUGUGAACCAGUUGUGUAGCCAUUUUGAAGCCUAUAGGGACAUACCAAAGAUUACUGAGCUAAGGGAGAAGUUCAAAAGCAUCAAACAAGUCCUUAAGUCUCAUGUGUUUUCUGACUUCUCCAGCCUGGGAACAGGGAAAGAGACCGAAGAAAGUAACUUGCUGCAGCAAUUAUCAAAUGCAUGCUUAGUAGUUGAUUCUCUUGAGCCAUCAGUGAGAGAAGAGCUGGUGAAGAAUUUUUGCAGCAGGGAGCUUACCUCCUAUCAGCAAAUAUUUGAAGGAGCCGAACUAGCAAAGUUAGACAAGACUGAAAGGAGAUAUGCUUGGAUCAAGCGUCGUUUGAGAACAAAUGAGGAGAUCUGGAAAAUUUUCCCCCCUUCAUGGCAUGUUGAUUAUUUGCUUUGCAUCCAGUUUUGCAAGCUGACAAGAACACAACUUGUGGAGAUCCUUGGAAACCUAAAAGAAAAACCGGAUGUUUCAACACUAUUGGUGGCUUUACAGCGAACUUUAGAAUUUGAGGAUGAGUUAGCAGAGAAAUUUGGCAGUGGCAGCCGUAGCAAAGAAGCCAGUAAUGCGGAGGAUAUAGAUAGAGUUGGACAGGAUAGUCAGGCAGUUUCAGACAUCCGAAAAAAAUAUGAGAAAAGGCUUGCUGUACACCAUGAAAGUGGAAAUGAAGAGCAUGGUGGACACAAGGAUUUGUCAGUGCCUGGAGCUGGGUUCAAUUUCCGGGGGAUCAUUUCAUCGUGCUUUGAACCUCACUUGAUAGUAUAUGUAGAGUUGGAAGAGAAAACACUAAUGGAGAGUCUAGAGAAACAAAUGCAGGAGGAAACAUGGGAAAUUGAUGAGGGAAGUCAGACUAAUAUAUUAUCCAGUGGAAUUCAGGUUUUUGCGAUUAUCAAAAGAAGCUUGAAGCGUUGCAGUGCUUUGACAAAAAGCGAAACAUUGUUUAAUCUGUUCAAGGUGUUUCAAAAAAUACUUAAAGCAUAUGCAACAAAGCUUUUUGCUAGGUUGCCCAAGGGCGGAACAGGAAUUGUAGCUGCAGCCACAGGCAUAGACGGACAAAUAAAGACAUCUGACAAGGAUGAGAGGGUUAUCUGUUAUAUUGUAAACACAGCUGAGUAUUGUCACACAACGUCCGGUGAGUUGGCGGAUAAUGUGUCCAAAAUUAUUGACCAUCAAUUUGUAGAGAGGGUGGAUAUGUCUGAAGUGCAGGAUGAAUUUUCUGUAGUUAUCACAAAAUCGUUGAUGACAUUAGUGCACGGUUUAGAAACAAAAUUUGACACAGAGAUGCUUGCAAUGACUCGUGUUCCAUGGGCUACACUUGAAAGUGUUGGUGAUCAAUCAGAGUAUGUCAAUGGCAUAAAUACCAUCAUCACAAGUAGCAUCCCGGUCCUUGGGAACCUUCUGAUUCCCGUUUACUUCCAGUUUUUUCUAGAUAAGCUCGCAUCGUCCCUUGGUCCACGCUUCUACCUCAAUAUAUUCAAAUGCAAGCAAAUAUCAGAAACUGGAGCUCAACAAAUGUUGCUGGAUACACAAGCCGUGAAGACUAUUCUUUUGGAAAUUCCUUCACUCGCAAAACAAACAUCAGGAGCUGCUGGAUAUUCAAAAUUUGUAAGUCGUGAGAUGAGCAAAGCUGAAGCAUUGUUGAAGGUUAUACUCUCCCCGUUUGACUCUGUGGCGGAUACCUAUUGUGCACUUCUCCCAGAAGGAACCCCUACAGAGUUUCAACGAAUUUUGGAGCUUAAGGGACUGAAGAAAGCGGACCAACAAAGCAUACUAGACGAUUUCAACAAAAGGGGGACCGGAAUGGGUCAGCCAUCUAUGGCUUCACCUGCCCCGACCACAUCAUCAUCGUCAUCAUCAUCAUCUUCAUCUUCUUCAUCUGUAGCCCCACUUUCAAUGAGUAACAACAUGGUUUCUCCGGUGGUGGCCGCCAUCUCAUCAAGAGAGGAUGUGCUCACCAGAGCGGCUGCGCUUGGUAGAGGUGCAGCCACAACUGGUUUCAAAAGGUUCCUUGCGUUGACCGAAGCUGCCAAGGACAGGAAAGACGGCCCCUUCAGAAAGCUCUUCAACGCCUGAAACUGCCUCUACUGUUUCUUGUUGUUCAAUUAAAAAGAAACAUGCCGUUGGCAUAAAGGUUCCCGACACAACACUCAUAUGAUACGGAGUACAAUAUUUUCAAAUGUAGGGAAAAAAGAACACACUCUUUUCAUGUACUAGUGCUUUUUUAUAAAGAGAUUUUUGAAAGACUUACCAAGAUCAAAGUAUACCCUUCAUCUGGAUGUAUCUAUUUUAUGUACAUCUAAUGUGCAUAUACUGAUUUGAUAAUGUGCAAAGAAUAAGAAUUACGGGGUCAAUGUUCGUAACAUGAAUAUUAUAUAUGUGCAUGUUCUAGAAUAAUGAUUACUCCUUCCG